UAUUUCUUUAUCUCUGAGCUUUAUCCAAAAACCUUUCUUCUUCUUCUUAAGCUUCCAACAAUGGAGGGAAGCUCACUUCUCACCACAUCUUCAUCUCUUCCAACCUUCAUAACUAAAACCCAUUUCUCCUUCUCCAUCUCUCUCUCUCCUCCUCAAACUUUCUCACCCACUUUCUCUCACAUCCCAUCACCAUUCCACUCUCUUUCUCUCUCUCUUUCCUGCCCCAAAAGCAACUCUUUUCGAACCUCGGCCUUUACAGUUGACCAAGCUCCUCAAAUACCCACCAACCAUUCGACUGAACCUUUGCCCAAGACUGAUAAAAGUGGCAGAUUUUGUAGCCCAAGAGCUGCUAGAGAACUCGCUCUGUCGAUUAUUUAUGCUUCUUGUUUAGAAGGGUCUGAUCCAGUUCGGUUGUUUGAGAAGAGAAUCAAUGCUCGUAGAGAACCUGGUUAUGAGUUCGACAAGGCCUCGUUGUUGCAGUAUAACCAUAUGAGCUUUGGAGGGCCUCCUGUCACGGUAGAGACUAUUGAAGAAGCAGACGAGCUAACAAGAAACGAUGACAAGGAAUCUGCGAUUGAAGCUGAGGUCCUUUCAGCUCCUCCAAAGUUGGUAUACAGCAAACUGAUCUUGCGUUUAACAAGGAAACUUUUAGUUGCAGUCAUGGAUCAGUGGGAUAGUCAUGUACUUGUUAUUGACCAAGUUGUCCCUCCAAAUUGGAAGGAUGAGCCCGCCGGGAAAAUCUUGGAGCUAUGUAUUCUUCAUUUAGCAAUGUCUGAAAUAACAGUGCUCGAAACUCGACACCAGAUUGUCAUUAAUGAGGCUGUGGAUCUUGCUAAACGAUUCUGCGAUGGAGCAGCUCCUCGAAUAAUCAACGGAUGUCUUAGAACUUUUGUCAGAAACAUUGAAGAAACCGGUUUACCUAUGGCCUUGGAAGAUAAGCAAAAGGCGGUUACGCUUAGUUCCACAUCCACAGAGUAACGAAGAACUCGGGCCGUGUUAGUUUGUAGAUGUUGGAGAAACCACUUGGGGGUGGGAGAAAUUACUACAAUUUUUUUGUUUCAUUUUGGCUCCUAUCAAAGUGGGGAGCCUACAUUUAAAAGGGGCUUAGUUUGGGAGGAGAAAUUUUAGAGGUGAUUUUGUUGUAUUGAGAAAAAAACUAAUGUGAAAUAUGUAUUAUAUAAUUUACUCAACCAAAAAAAAAAAAUAUGUAGUAUAAUUUGAUAAAAAUGAUGUUGUAUAAUUAUAUAAGGAUUUUUGUAUUGUGGAUAUUCCAAUAAUACUAAUAUUUUCUUCUAUUCAAA